UUAUCAGUUUCAGUUAUACGAACAAAUAGUGAAUUAACAUCAAUGGUGAAUUUAAUUAAUGCUCAAAAAUUUUUAUGUGACAUUUCAAUUGAGGAUUGUUAUGAUAAUCUCAACAUGAUCGCUAGAGCUUUAAGUCACAAAUCAUCAUUAAAACAUAUAAAGUUAGUAGGAGGAAGAUUUAAUUGUGAAGAUUUAAAAUCUUUAACGAAAUGUUAUCAAUUGAAAACUUUGAUGAUCGUUGAAUGUGAAUCUCUAGAAAAUGAUUCAAAGGAUGAAUUUUAUAACAUUGAAAAAAUUCAAUCACUAAGUAAAUUAUACAAAAUCACAUUAAGAGAUACUUUUUUACCAGGAAAAUUAUUAGCAUUUUAUUUUCAAGCAGCUAAUUCUAAAAUUCAAGAAGUUGAAUUAAGUGGAUUAAUGCCAUUCGAUACUCAUAUAAUAAUCAAAGCAAUAACUUUACACUGUCCAAAUAUUAAUAAAUUGAGUGUAACAAUAGAUGAAGGACAUUACGAUAAUCUUUACGGAUUACUUCAAUCAUGCAAAAAAUUAACUAGCAUUUUAAUUGAUAGUAUUACGAAAGAAGAAGAUGGAUCAUUUGAUAUUGAUAGAGAUAAAGAAGUAGAAGCAAAUGAAAUUUUACCAUUAUUUGGAAAAUGUAUUCCAUCAUCUUUAAAAUUAUUAAAGAUUUGGUCAAAUUGGGUAUUUACACCAGAAAGUCUUGAGAAAUUUUUUAUUAAUUGUUCAGCGAAAAUCGAAACUCUUGAUAUUGCUUAUUGUGAAUGUAUCACCGAUCAUCACCUUGAUGUUUUUUUAAAAUAUACCAAGGGAAUUUUAAAGAAUCUGGAUAUAGAUCGAGCAAGGAAUUUAUCCAUAGAGGCAUUAA